AUGUGGGGGGGUACUGCUGAAAGAGCUCGCCGUUGUUGGCCUCACAGAGGUGGGCAACCACUAUGUACCCACGAUAGUACCAGCAGCCCCUGGCCAAUCUCCCGUUGUGGAUCAAGGUCAGAGAAUGCGAGGAAGAAGAAGAAGAAGAAGAAGAAGAUUGAGACGCAUGAUUCUGCAUAUGAGCUUGAAGACAUGAGGGAAGAACCAUGGGGGCUUGGGCUGAACAAUACAUUCGCUCCAGAAACAACAUCGUGGAUCAACAAUUCCAUUCGAGAUCCGCCCAUGAUGGAACAAAAGAUGUCAGCGGAACUAAAUGCAGUCUUCAAUAUUUUGGAAUUGGCACUGGACGCAUGCUUGUAUUGGCACUUGUGGAGCAUCACUGUGGCCAGCCGACUGAUCAUAUUCGUGCACGGAGCUUCACUGACGUAUGCAGUCAAUUGUGGCCACAUUCUGCUCGCCGUCGCCAUCUCCGAUAGCACACGUUACCUACUCUACGUCACAUUCUACUUCGAGUUGUUCCAGUUCUCGGCAGCGACAACCCUGGUGAUCGGAGGAAUUCUUCUUCUCGCAUGCAAGCUCUCCAAAGUAGACGGGGCGCUGGGACUUGGAUGUGGAUUCGUUCAUACGCUUCAUUAUGGCUACGUCAUGUACAAUAACCACAUUCGCUAGUGAGGUUGUCUUGGACCCGCAUGUCCUGACUGCUUUGCCUCGCCAUGAGUGUUUCGACGUGAACGUCGUGAUUACCUUCAUCACGACUUGGCGCAUACGUCUUGUGCACGCCUUAUACAGGAUCAUCAACCGCAAUCGUCGAACUGCAUGUUUAGGUUCGCAUGUCGCCCCUAGCAUGUAGCUGAAGCCGAAUACAAAUAAAUAUUUAA